AUGAGCAAGUCCAAAAAUUUCUUUCAUAAUCUCAUCAAGCCCUUCAAAUUUGGUUCCAACAGAGAGGAAAGGAGCGAAGACGAUAUACAGAACAUAGCUACACAGGAGCGAAGAACAUUUUCCUAUGAAACAUUGCUUGCUGCUACCAACAACUUUCAAGCUAUUAACAAACUUGGAGAGGGAGGAUUUGGACCUGUCUACAAGGGUAAAUUGAAUGAUGGGAGAGAGAUAGCAGUGAAGAAGCUAUCGCAUGGUUCGAAUCAAGGGAAGACACAGUUUGUUGCGGAGGCCAAGUUGUUGACUCGUGUGCAGCACCGUAAUGUGGUGAAUUUGUUUGGUUAUUGUAUCCAUGGUAGGGAGAAGCUUCUUGUGUAUGAGUAUGUCCCUCGUGAGAGCCUUGACAAGUUCCUAUUCAAAUCAAAAAAGAAAGAAGGGCUAGAUUGGAAACGUAGAUUUGACAUAAUCAAUGGAGUGGCAAGAGGUUUACUUUAUCUUCAUGAAGACUCUCACAACUGCAUAAUCCAUCGUGACAUAAAAGCGGCCAACAUUUUACUUGAUGAAAAAUGGGUCCCUAAGAUUGCUGACUUUGGCUUGGCUCGUCUCUUUCCAGAAGAUGAAACUCAUGUCAAUACACGUGUGGCUGGAACACAUGGAUACAUGGCUCCAGAGUAUUUGAUGCAUGGACACUUAUCUGUGAAGGCAGAUGUGUAUAGCUAUGGAGUUUUGGUGUUGGAGUUGAUUACUGGCCAUCGAAACUCAUCCUCUGACCCUGUCUUCAACGGAGACAAUCUCCUUAAUUGGGCAUACAAGUUAUACAAGAAAGGGAGGUGGUUAGAAAUGGUAGACCCCACAGUGGCAUCUUCAGUGGAGAUAACAGAACAAGUGGAAGUGUGUAUUCGAGUGAGUCUAUUGUGCACACAAGGAGAUCCACAACUUCGUCCAACAAUGGCGCGUGUGGUAUUGAUGUUAUCUAAGAAGCCGCCAAGUCACAUGGAAGAGCCAACAAGACCGGGUAUACCUGGUUCUAGAUACAGAAGAACAGUACCUCGCAGUCGCACCUCUUUUACUACCGAUGAUGAGAAUGACUCCUCUGCUUCACACGUUGAUUCAAGCAAUUAUGAUACUACUAUGGCUACUAUUACGGCUACCAGUUCUACUUCUGCAACAAGAACAAGAACGAGCUCUGCCACUGCACAAGCAGAUUUGCGAGGGAAACGUCCAAUGCUAUCUUCAUGA